AAUGCUGAUUGUUACUGAAGGUACACAGAUUUAGUUUGUUGAGAGAUUUAUUGAUAGUCAUUUUUUCUGUAUACAACGUAUAAAUGUGACUGUUUCUGUCUAAAUAAGUAAAUGCUACAAAUUACAAAUAAACUUGCAAAAAUAUCCCCUUUAAUGUGCAAACUAAAACUGGACUUUAACAGAUGGUGCAUAAACAAUAGCUUUGAAUGUAAAUUACCAUCUUCAGUGUCUGUUAAUUAAGAUUUAAAUUGUACAGCUAGUGUACAACUAAUUCAGUAAUCCACAUCUCAUUACAAACACUGCUGAGCCACAUUCAAGGACAAAAAAAUCCUUUGUGUUGCAAUAAGACGAACAGCGUAGUUCCUUCCAAGGCCAGACUAUCUGUAUUAAGUGAUAUUUACCUAUGUCUGAAGUUGAUAAGGCAUGUCGCGGAGAACGUAAGGACGACUGCGUAAACAUCCGUAUCAAACAGCUUAUGUAAAUGGAAAAUGGUGCAACGUGAAUCUUGCUGGCGAAAAAUGAUUUGGUUUUGAGUGAACCUCACCAAGAAAUCAUAAAAAUUAGAUACAUUUAAGUAAUCAUUAAGCAGAAAUGUACCCACAGUACUGAUAAAACGUGCAGGCAAGGUAUAAACCAAACAAGUGUUGCCUGGCCAACAACAAUAACCUUGACAAUAUCUCACUUAAUCGGAUCACAUUAUUAUCGAAAGGCGCUUGAAGGUUAUCGGUGCCUUCCGCCAAUCCAACGUGACACUGGUGUUAAGCAAACAAAUGAGUUUGACUUUUGAGUUUUGCUGAGUAGUAAGACCACAUCAGAUAUGUUUUAGAGAUAUUGCAGAUAUGAGGAGGAACUCACGAGUAUAAAAGAGUCUUCUGGUCUUCAGUUCAUUGUACAGAGGCACCAUGGGCAAGCUACUUAUCUGCGUCGGACUGGCUCUCCUGCUGCAUGUGCAGCUAGGCUCAUCCUACAUCCUCUCCUGUUAUUUCACUAACUGGGCACAGUACCGCCCCGGAGCAGGAAAGUAUUUUCCCACCAACAUUGACCCAUGUCUCUGUGACCAUCUCGUCUAUGCCUUUGCUGGCAUGAACAACAACAUGAUCACGACCUACGAGUGGGACGACGAGAAGCUCUACGGACAGUUCCAGGCCCUGAAGAACGAGAACAGCAACCUGAAGACUCUGCUGGCCAUCGGAGGAUGGAACUUUGGUACUGCAAAGUUCACCACUAUGGUUUCCUCUCCUGCCAAUCGUCAGACCUUCAUUAACAGCGUGAUCACUUUCCUGCGUCAGUACCAGUUUGAUGGUCUGGAUCUUGACUGGGAGUACCCUGGCUCUCGUGGCUCCCCAGCUGCAGACAAGGAGCGCUUCACUGUCCUGGUCCAGGAGCUGUUGACCGCCUUCGAGGCAGAGGGCAAGAAGACCAACCGCCCCCGUCUGAUGGUGACCGCUGCCGUCGCUGCUGGAAAGGGAACCAUCGACUCUGGAUACCAGAUCGCCCAGCUCGGAGCUGUGCUGGACUACUUCCACGUCAUGACCUAUGACUUCCAUGGUUCUUGGGAGCACAACGUUGGAGAGAACAGCCCUCUGUACAAGGGCCCUGCUGACCAGGGAUCCAUGAUCUACUUCAAUGUGGACUAUGCCAUGAACUACUGGAAGAGCAAUGGUGCCCCAGCUCAGAAGCUGCUGGUUGGUUUCCCCACCUAUGGCCACACCUUCCGCCUGGCUUCCUCCAACACAGCUGUCGGUGCUCCCGCCAGUGGACCCGGAGCUGCUGGACCUUUCACCCGUCAGGCUGGCUUCUGGGCCUACUAUGAGAUCUGUACUUUCCUGAAGCAAGGAGCCACUCAGGCUUGGGACAGCCCCCAGCAGGUGCCAUAUGCCUACAACCAGGGAACCUGGGUUGGAUAUGACAAUGUUAAGAGCUUCCAGGUUAAGAUUCAGUGGUUGAAGCAGAACGGUUUUGGUGGAGCCAUGGUGUGGAGUUUGGAUCUCGAUGACUUCAGCGGCACUUUCUGUGGCCAGGGAAAAUACCCCCUGAUCAGCACCAUCAAGAGUGGACUGGGAACUGGAGCUUCCUGCAGUGCUCGUCCUGACCCCCUGCCUCCAGUCCAACCAACCAAGCAGCCUCUGCCCGGCGGUGGUGGCAGCAGUGGUGGCAGCAGCAGUGGUGGCAGCAGCAGUGGUGGCAGCAGCAGUGGAGGAUCUGGCUUCUGCGCUGGCAAGACUAAUGGACUUUACCCGGACCCAACCAACAAAAACCACUUCUACGAGUGCAACCAGGGAGAGACCUACAUCCAGCACUGUGCCGUCGGCCUGGUGUUCGAUGACAGCUGCAAGUGCUGCAACUGGGCUUAAACAAUCCAUGAUCAGACUUCAUACUGGUUGUUCUUAAGUCAGAGCUGGGUCAACAGUCAUGUAACAUCAGCUCCUUUAACAACAGCCCAUUCAAAAACAGCUCUGUAACACCUGUCACUGAUGUCACUGAAAUAAACAUCACAUUUAAAGCAA